GACUACUACCGAAUUGUUGAGUGCUGCAGCAGUAGCAAGUAGCAAACAGAGCCCACCGCCCUCGUCCUCCUCUCUGCUAGGUGCCGCCAUUUCAAUUUCUAAGCGUUUCUAGAAAUCGUUUACGUUGAAUGUGGGCUUCGCAGAGGUUUAUUCCUCUUCUUACUCCCUAUCUCUCUUCCCACUCCAAAACCUUCCUCUACCUCCCUUAUUCUCCUCGUUUUCUCUCUCCUCUCAAUCAUCAUCAUCACCAACUCUUUCUCUCUCCUCCUCAUUCUCUUCACUGCAGUGCUUCAGUCUCUGAUCAUAAUUCAACCAUGCCGCGUAAAAAGGGGAGGGGUGGUAAUAGUAAGCAGGAAAAGUGGAAAGCGAAGUCGACUCCUAGUGAAUCAUCGUCAAUGAUGGAAGCUGCAAUUGAUGCUCACAGUGGGUUAAGCAUCAGAGAAGAUGCUGAAGCUGCCGCCGUUGCGAAUCAGAAUGCAAUAUUACCUGGACAAAGUUUGGCUUGGAAGCCUAAAUCUCUUGGAACUUUGAGUCUUUCAAGUGAGAAGAAUAGUGCUGCUUCUAGUACAUUAUUCAGUGGGAAAGUAUUGGAGAACUUCAGUGUUGACAAGAACACUUACUCACAUGCUCAAAUAAGAGCUACCUUCUACCCGAAAUUCGAGAAUGAGAAGUCUGAUCAGGAGAUAAGAACAAGGAUGAUUGAAAUGGUCUCCAACGGGCUUGCUGUCAUGGAGGUAUCCCUCAAACACUCUGGGUCUCUUUUUAUGUACGCUGGGCAUGAAGGGGGAGCAUACGCAAAGAACAGCUUUGGGAAUAUAUACACUGCAGUUGGGGUCUUUGUUCUCGGAAGGAUGUUUCGCGAGGCAUGGGGUACUCAAGCGAGUAAUAAGCAGGCAGAAUUCAAUGACUUUCUUGAGAAAAAUCGCAUGUGCAUAUCAAUGGAACUGGUAACUGCUGUCUUGGGUGAUCAUGGCCAGCGUCCUCGAGAUGAUUAUGUUGUUGUGACCGCUGUUACGGAGUUGGGAGUCGGUAAACCCAAGUUUUAUUCUACUCCUGAAGUAAUUGCUUUUUGUCGGAAAUGGCGGCUGCCAACAAAUCAUGUUUGGCUGUUCUCUACAAGAAAGUCGGUGACAUCAUUUUUUGCAGCAUUUGAUGCUUUAUGUGAAGAUGGAACAACAACGCCUGUAUGCAAGGCAUUGGACGAAAUAGCAGAUAUCUCUAUACAAGGAACAAAGGAUCACAUAAAGGUGCAAGGUGAAAUUCUUGAAGGUCUAGUUGCUCGUGUGGUAAGCGCAGACAGCUCAAAACAUUUGGAAGAGGUUUUGACUGAUGGUUCUCCUCCACCACCAAAAGCUCAGCAGGACUUGGGACCAACAUUACGGGAAAUUUGUGCUGCAAAUAGAUCUGAUGAACAACAGCAAAUCAGAGCUCUUCUGGAUGAAGUUGGUUCCUCGUUUUGCCCUAAAUUUGUAGAUUGGUUGGGGAAAGAGACAGAUCAUGUUCAUUCUAGGAUUGCUGAUAGAUCCGUUAUCACAAAGUUUUUGCAAGCUCAUCCAGCAGAUUUUUCAACCAGAAAGUUGCAGGAAAUGAUUCGUCUGAUGAAAGAAAAGCGAUUUCCUGCUGCCUUCAAAUGUCACCUCAACUUUCACAAAGCUGAUAGCAUGUCAACUGACAAUAUACAUUUUAAGUUGGUCAUUCAUGUCCACAAUGAUUCCGUGUUUAGGCGAUACCAGAAAGAAAUGAGGCACAAUCCUAGCUUAUGGCCAUUAUAUAGAGGAGGGACCCUCACAAUUGGGAGUCGGAGAAGUUCAUUAACUAUGGGAAUCCUGGAAUCUGCUUGUUUCUCUCAGACUUCCUUGGCAGGAUUUUUUGUUGAUAUAAAUCUAUACAGAGAAAGCAACCAGACUGACGGUAACAACGCUAACAGUAAUGAUGAUGCAACUCAAGCAGAUAAACUAGCUGAUGAGGAUACGAACUUGAUGGUUAAAUUGAAAUUUCUCCCCUAUAAGUUGCGCACUUUCUUGAUCCGAAAUGGUUUAUCAACUCUAUUCAAAGACGGUCCUGCUGCUUACAAGGCAUAUUAUUUGAGACAAAUGAAAAAUUGGGGCACCUCAGCAGCAAAGCAAAAGGAAUUGAGCAAGAUGCUGGAUGAAUGGGCUGUUUAUGUAAGACGGAAGUGUGGCCACAAACAGCUGAGGUCUGAUAUUUACCUCAGUGAGGCUGAGCCUUUCCUUGAACAGUAUGCGAAACGAAGUCCGGCAAAUCAAGCACUCAUAGGUGCAGCUGGAAAUCUGGUGAGAUCUGAAGAUUUCAUGGCCAUUGUUGGAGCCAUCGAUGAAGAAGGUGACCUUGGAAGAGAACGUGAAAUGGAAUCUACUACCACAUCUCCUAGCACUAAAGAAGCUGUAAAAAAACAAGGCCUUAUUGUGUUCUUUCCAGGAAUACCGGGCUGUGCCAAGUCUGCACUUUGCAGGGAACUGCUAAAUGCUCCGAGUGCUUUUGGUGAUGGUCGUCAUGUCCAAAGUUUGAUGGGUGAUCUUACUAAAGGGCGAUACUGGCAGAAAGUUGCUGAAAUAUGUAAAAGAAAAUCCGACUGCAUAAUGCUUGCAGACAAAAAUGCUCCAAACGAGGAAGUAUGGAAACAGAUUGAGAACAUGUGUCGAACUAGCAGGGCAUGUGCGGUUCCAGUUGUACCCGAUUGUGAAGGCACUGACUCUAAUCCAUUUUCGUUGGAUGCAUUGUCUGUUUUUAUGUUGCGCGUGCUUCAACGAGUUAAUCAUCCGGGAAAUCUUGAUAAGGCAUCUCCAAAUGCAGGAUAUGUACUGCUUAUGUUUUACCACCUUUAUGAGGGCAAGAGUCGCAAAGAAUUUGAAGCUGAACUAAUUGAACGUUUUGGUUCAGUUGUGAAAAUGCCUUUGCUCAAAACUAAAAGGGUCUAUCUACCUGAUCCAAUGAAAGCUGUGUUGGAGGAAGGGAUUAACCUGUACAGGCUACACACAAAGCAGCAUGGAAGAAUGGAAUCAACUAAAGGGUCCUAUGCAAAAGAAUGGAUGAAGUGGGAGAAGCAUUUGCGAGAGACUUUAUUGAGCAAUCUCGAGUACUUAAACUCUAUUCAGGUUCCAUUUGAGAUAGCUGUAAAGAGUGUGUUGGAGCAAUUAAAAACAAUUGCAGAAGGUGAUUAUAUAACUCCUAGUACAGAAAAGAGGCAGCUUGGAGCAAUUGUUUAUGCAGGUGUCAGUUUACCUGUUAUCGGAGUUCAUCAUCUCCUCAAUAAUAUUGCUGUUCGUAACCCCAAGGUUGAAGUUUUCUUUAGUGACAAGAAUUUGGCUGACACCCUCAACAAGGUUCAUAUCACUCUUGCUCAUAAGAGAAGUCAUGGUGUCAUAGCAGUGGCUAACUAUGGGCAAUAUCUUAACCGUAAGGUUGAUGUCGAGUUUACUGCUUUGUUGUUGUCCGAUAAUGUAGCUGCCUUGGAGGCCCGCCUUGGCUCAGUUGAUGGUGAAAAGAUCAAUUGCAAGAACAAAUGGCCUCAUGCUACCUUGUGGACAGCAUCAGGAAUUGCUGCCAAAGAAGCAAGUACUUUGCCCGAAUUGGUGUCACAGGGGAUGGCUUCCCGUAUUGAAAUUGAUCCACCUGUUCUCAUAACAGGUGAAGUGGAAUUCUUUUAGAUUAGAUCGUUGUUGAGAUGUUAAUUUGUAUUUGCAGCCAACACAUCUAGCAAAUGUUGAGAGCUAGGUGAAAAAUUUUGGUACGAGAUUGUACAAUUGAGCUGUUGAAUUACUUGGAUAUUACUGAUAAAUCUCUGCUGUUUUAUAAUUCAUGUUUUCAUGGGUUGAACAAAUAGUGAGAUGGAGUUCUCCCUGUGCUUGAAAGGUUAAUACAUUUUGGUUGUGCAGAUUUGCUAGCACAUUAAGGGUGCGUUCUAUUCAA